UCACGGAAAAUUGACUCCCAGGAAUCUCUCUCACUAACUUGCCUCUUUGGAGUUUCUCUCUCUAACUUACGUCUUCGAAAUCUCUCCCUGAGUGUUUUUUUGUGAUCCGUGUAUUACAGUCCCUGUCUCUCUCUCUAACUGGCCUCAUCGGAAUCUCUCUUCCUCUCAGUUUUUUUUUCUGAUCAGUUUGUUACAGUCCCUCUCUCUCUCUCUCUCAUAUUUGUGUAUAUGUGAGCCGUGUCCCGCAUAAUUCGAGCUUGAGGAAAAAGUUCUAUUUGCUUUGAUAGGUUUCGCCUUCCCUUACACGGUACCUCAUAGAGAUGGAGAUGGAAUUGCUGGGUAUGAAUUUCACCUGCGUGUUUAACUCGCUUGCCCACGGAACUUUCCCGCACACUGACUGCUUACUGCCUCUCAUCUCCAAAGUCCUCGGCUACUUGAUCGUGGCUGCAUCUGCCAUUGUCAAACUCCCCCAGCUAUACAUAAUUGUGAAGAAUAAGAGUGUUAGAGGGCUCAGCGUUGUAUCCUAUGAACUUGAGGUCAUUGGUUAUACUAUUGCUUUAGCAUAUUGUCUUCACAAAGGUCUUCCUUUUUCAGCUUACGGAGAGCUUGUAUUUCUACUGUUGCAAGGGAUUAUUUUGGUAGGACUCAUAUAUUACUAUUCUGGUCCUUUGGGACCCACAACUACAAUAAAGGCAGCAAUAUAUUGUGCUCUAGCACCCACCAUUUUAGCUGGUGAGAUCAAUCCAGUUCUUUUCGAAGGCCUCUAUGCUUCUCAGCAUGCAAUAUUUUUCUUUUCCAAGAUUCCACAAAUAUGGAAGAACUAUACUAAUAAAAGCACUGGGGAGCUCAGCUUUUUGACAAGUUUCAUGAACUUUGGGGGUUCCGUUGUGAGAGUCUUUACAAGCAUGCAGGAGGGAGCUCCAACAAGUAUGAUUCUUGGCUCUGUGAAAGCUGCUUUGCUGAAUGGCACGAUAAUGACUCAAAUUAUAGUCUAUGGAAGGCAGAAUUCGAAGAAAGAGAAGAAACUUGAUUGAACACAUUUAUGCUUUAAUUCGUACUGAAGGUUAAGAAGAAGUACUUGCCAUGGUUGAGCAAGCAGCACCGUUAUUGAACUGGUCUUCCAAGUGCAAGACUGGCUGGUAUCCAUUCUUUUACCAUGACGGAUGGGCUUUUGUAGUGAAUUUAGUUCAAAUGAGCGUAUUCACAGGUGGUUUCACUGCGUGGACUCUCCCUUUAUUUUCAUCAAACCCUUUGCUAGUGGAAACAAUGGCCCUGUGAAUUAUUUUCUCACUCAGAUAAGUUCUAAAGUAAAAGAAUAUAAGUUUGGUUUUAAUUAGUUCAAA